AUGGUCGACCUCAACUUGCUUAAGAUUGAGGCGUUGUUAUUCUCUACUCUUGAAAUAAUUUUGUUGCAGCAGGGAUCACAUGUUCCAAAAUUUGGGAACUGGGAUGGUGAAAAUGUGCCAUACACAGCCUAUUUUGAGAAUGCGCGCAAAGUUAAUAAAGGCGGUAAAAUGAUAAAUCCAAAUGAUCCAGAGGAGAAUCCAGAGGCCUUUGCAUAUGGUAGAUAUGACGAUGCUAGCGUUAACGUUUCUCCUGCGAAAGUUCCUUCAUUCGAAACACCUCAGUACAAUUAUGGUCACCGCAGAAAUCCUUCUGGCUCGGGCCAAAACAAGAGUAUUGGCUCGACAAAUUCAAAUUCAGAGUCCUUUGGGGCAACGCAACGUCACAGAAAAUCUGAUGUUAAGAAGAAUAAGAAUGAUCGUGGCAAUGGUUUUGUUCCACCUAGUCCAAAUAGACUGAUCAAAAGUAGCAGAAAUCCAUCUGAUGAUCUUUCUUGUUCAUCAGCAGCAUCAGUACCAAAAUUUGGGGCAUGGGAUGAGAAAGAUCCAAAAUCUGGAGAAGGAUUUACAGUAAUUUUCAACAAAGUUAAAGAGGAAAAGCAUAUUGCAGCUUCUAAGUUCCCUAUGGUGCAGCCACAUUCAAGCAUGCCUUCAUCACAUAAUCAAAAAAGAAAUGCUAAGUCAAAGGUGUUUUGCUGCCUUUUUUGAAGAUUCACAAGUUCAAGUCAAUUUUUUUGUUUUGCCUUCUUUCCUCUUCACUCAAUAGUGUAAGCAAAAAUUGAAAGAUGAUGGAAGAACUUGUAUUAACGUUUAUUAUGGAAGAACAAUUGGUUACAUUUUGCUCAAAUUUUGGUCAUUGUAUGUUUUA